ACACACCCCUAUCGCUCACAAUGUGCCCGAGUGCACUUGAAGUCUCAUGAGUCCGAUUAUUAUGAAGACACUGAACGCAACGCAGACAUUACGCGCUCCGGUCUCCUUGGCGACUGAGCAGAGAACCGAGUGAAGAAAGUUUGUUUCGUCGUGACUCCGCACGAAACUCCACUUAGCGGACAGCCAUGUCCAACAGAUGUAAGCCUGAGUGCUUCAGGAGCGACAUCCACAGACUGCUGCUGGCUGCUGAAGCUGGUCAGAAGGCUGACAUCCUGACCUACUCCUCAGGUCAUCUUGGGCCCCGCAGCCUGAUCCAAAGUCAGCCUCACAGGGAGACAAAGCAGUCUUUCUGGAGGAUGUGUCAGGGCUUAGAAGAAACCCCAAACCAGACACGGACAAAGGCCCUGACCUAUGUAAAGAAGAAAGAGUGCCCCUUUGAGUUCUCCACUGACACUGCUGAGUCUGAUGUCUCAAGGUCACGACGAGGUCAGGCGACUGAUUGCUCAUCACAUGCAGACAAAACCGAAGAUAUAUGUCUACCUAAGAUAGCGUACUGUUCCUUAAACUCUCUGCCGCUCCAGCCGAGAGCCUUCUCCCAGAAUAAGGCUAACUUUUCAUCUGAUCCGGUGGGGAAACAGCAUUCUUACCAGAAAGGUCUGAGUAAUGAAGGCCAGUUAAAGUCGAUACAACGGUUUGGCAGGCAAGUCAGAGCCAAGCAUGACCUCUGGGCUGGAAUAAAUGUUGCUGAGAUGCAUGAGAGGAAACUACAAAAGGAGCUGAGGAGGUUGUCAGCGCAAAGCUGGCCCAGCAGAGACCGCCUUGCGGUGUUCAGUGACGUCUUUGAUGAUGUAUGUGAAGCCUCGCCAGUAUUUGGACCAAUCCUGAGGGAAAUUAAGACAGAUUACGAUUUGUAUGUCAACCACUUGAUGGCUUCCCAAUCAUUACUACACAAGGGGUCACUGGGGACUUCACUCAGAUAUCUUGGCAAUGACAAAGGAAGGCAAAUGGAGUUGAAUGAUGCUUUAAAAGAGGUUUUCCGGCUGGAGCAAGAGGCCAAGAGAGCUCUAGAGGAGAAUAAACGAGUCCGAGAUGAAUCACAGAAUGUUCCAGCUCCCAAAGGCCCAGAGGACAGUGGCAUGACGAGUCAGUCUCAAGACUACCCUGACACAUCUCUGUCAGGGCUGCAUGACAGAGGAACUGCCGACGGCCCCACCAGCACUGUCCAAUCCAAGCGGCUUCAGGUGUUGAUCACGUGGCGGGAGAACCAACAGCUGGAGGAGGAGCUUAAGGAGAAGCCGGUGUCCUUUGGUACGACCACGGCCACUGAACGAUGCAUCAAAGACGUAAAGACUGAGAUAAUGAGACUGAUAGCUUCAAAUGAACGUCUGAAGACCACGAACAAGGAUUUGGGAAACAACAUAAACAUGGUGCUGAACAGAGAGAAAGCAAGCAAGGCCAUGAGAUGGGCGUUGUGGGACGAAAUACAUUGUGAUCUACAAACAGAGAGUGAAUGGCUUCAAAGAUCAGCAAGCGGACCAGAUGAUCAUUUCAAAGGGCAAUAAAAUGAAGGAAUACGUAUUACAUAGAGUCACAUCUGUCACCAGCCAGCGUCUUAAGUGUAUUAGAAUAUAUUUCGAUAUCUUGUCGUAGCCCUUCAGUUUAGUAAAAGUUGUCUUUGUCCAGAAAUAACACCCUAGAUCAUUGCUCGAGCAAUUAAUAACACAAUGUACAAAUACACAAUGUACAAAUCCUACAUAAACAGUCAAAUGUACAUACAAUUCAAAAGUACUCAUUAUGCAGAGUAGUCAUACUCUAUGAUCUAUUUUUACUCCGUUAUUGUUACUGAUACGACAUGUUAGAACAUUUUGAUGUUGAAGGUGAAGCUAAUACUAGCUACUUUAGAUACUGUUAGUUUAAUAUAUAAUCAUACAUCAUAUUUUAAAAGAUGUGUUUUGUAAAAACUUGAUUGACAUGUUGACUGAUAUUAUGCUAAUAUCAUUAUACAUAUAUACUAAUGUGUUAAAUUACUGUAGUGGAGUAAAAAGUACAAUAUUUUCCUCUGAAAUGUGGUAAAGUUCAAGUAUAUACUGUAUAAAGAAUACACAUGUCAAUACAGCUUUGAGUAAUUGUAUUUAGUUAGAGGAUGUCAAGUUUCAUAGUUUCCAGCAAUCCAUCCGUCAAAGAGCAGCAGUAAAAUUGACACUUCACACACGUUGUUUUUGAGAAGAGCAGUCCAAUUAGUAUUUUGUUAAUAUGAACAACUUCCACGUUGAGGUAAAAAUCUAAUUAUAUAUGUACAGCCUGGAGCGAUUAGAAUGUUAAUGAAU